AGACAUCAGGAGCUGCGUCUCUGCUGCGCUGUCCAUAACAACAACCCUUAUUCUCAAAUACCAUGCUUUAGCCCUGUAUAUCUAUGAUAACCCCCUGGAUAUCCUGGCAUUCGCGCUAUUCGCACUAUCAAACCCCACUAGCUGCGACCAUCAAUCCACAUCACAUUCCUGAACAGUCCUCGCCUUAUUCGCAUUCGAGUGCGCUCCUUCGAUCAUGGCCGAGGAGGAUGCGGAGCAGGCUUUCUUCCAGGCCCAGGCCAUGAGUAACGAGUAUGAUCCUUGUGGCCCGAUUCACGGGGCUGGGCUGUCUGAUUCUGAAGACUAUGACCCAUCACAUCCAAUAAAUGAUGAGUACUCAACUUCAAUAGCAGAAAAUAAUCAGAUUGAUGAUUACGUUGAAAACAAUCCUACUUCCGCUUCCUCGUCUAACCCCCAAAUCUCCUACCAGCCUGAAGAUAGCAAUUCCCAUGCCCAAGCCCCUUUGCAAACACCCCAACCUCCAUCCAGACUUAAUUCGCAAACUUCUGAACCCACACCUCCGUCUGCAUCUCAUGUACAGCAAACGGCCAAGAUUACAGGCGGCUUUGUGGUGGACGAUGAUGAGGAGGAAGAAGAAGAAGAAGGAGAAGAAGGUGGAGAAGAUGACAAGGAUGAAGCAGAGUACGAACCGCCUGGGGUACUUGGGGCCUUCAACGACAUUGGGUCUGUUUCUGCAAGCAUGUCUGAACGUCCUUUUUCUGAGAAUGCAAAUGAAACUGUUUUUACAUCUGGUGUAUCAGUACAACCGCCUGCGCCUCAAGUGGCCAGUUCCAAAGAUGUUUCUAAUAAUGCUGUUUCUUCUCAUGCUGCUUUUGUUUCAAUGUCAACCGGCCAGAACCCGUACACUGAAGUGUCCCAGCCAGCAGAUAACCCAGAUAGCAAUGUUCCAACGCCAGUGCCUUCGGCGUCAGUUCCUAUUUCUGCGUCACGCUUGCCCCAUGAUCGUGUGGGCUUGUUGGAAGAUAGAAUCAAAGAAGAUCCGCGCGGUGAUAUUGCAGCGUGGCUGGAAUUGAUUAGUGAACACCGGAGUCGAAACAGGCUUGACAAUGCCCGCGAGGUCUAUGAGCGAUUUUUUGGAGUGUUCCCAUCUGCUGCAGAACAAUGGGUUGCAUAUGUGAACAUGGAAUCGGAAAAUAAUGAGCUGCAACGCCUAGAACAGAUUUUUAAUCGUACACUUCUGAGCAUACCAAAUGUGCAGUUGUGGACAGUAUACCUUGACUACAUCCGUCGACGACACCCAUUGACAACGGACACUUCUGGCCAAGCACGACGAACCAUUUCUUCUGCCUAUGAUUUGGCUCUCACGCAUAUCGGGAUGGAUAGGGAAUCCGCAUCUCUAUGGACCGACUAUGUACAAUUUAUCAAAACAGGUCCCGGCAAUGUCGGGGGAACAGGCUGGCAGGACCAGCAGAAGAUGGACUUGCUGCGUAAAGCUUACCAAAAAGCUAUUUGUGUCCCCACUCAUUCGCUGAACACACUAUGGAAAGAGUAUGACCAAUUUGAGAUGGGAUUAAACAAGUUGACGGGCCGAAAAUUUUUGCAAGAGCGAUCACCAGCUUAUAUGACGGCUCGAAGCUCUUACACCGAGUUACAAAAUCUCACUAGAGACCUAGACCGCACAACGCUUCCACGGCUUCCUCCUGGCCCAGGGUACGAUGGAUAUACCGAAUUCAAACAGCAAGUCGAGUUGUGGAGAAGGUGGGUUGCUUGGGAGAAAACCGAUCCUCUCGUGCUUAAGGAAGAAGAUCUCUCUGCCUUUAAGAAUCGAGUAUUGUUCGUCUAUAAGCAGGCAUUGAUGGCGCUAAGAUUUGUUCCGGAUAUCUGGUUCGAAGCUGCCGAAUUUUGCUUUCAGAAUGAUAUGAAUGCUGAAGGAAAUGAGCUGCUUAAACAAGGCAUAGAGGGUAACCCCGAAAGUUGUCUCUUAGCAUUCAAACGCGCGGAUAGGUCAGAGAUCGAGUCAGAGUCAGAACAAGACCCUCAGAAACGCGGUGCAAAAGUUAGAGAAUCGUAUGACAAGCUAUUGGAUGCUCUAUACGCUCUUCAUACGAAAUCCCGCGAGCGAGAAGAGCAGCAAAUUGCUCGAGUCAAAGAUGAAUUCGCUAACGCGGAAGAUGAUUAUCAGCCAGUUGCUGAUGAGGAAGACGAAGAUGAACGUUCCCGCGAGGCCAAAGCCAAAGAAGCCCGCAAAGAAACUCAAAUCAACGCGAUCAAAAACUCACAUUCUACGCAGCUUAUUACUAUCUCUAAACUAAUCUCUUUUGCCUGGAUUGCUUUGAUGCGUGCUAUGCGUCGUAUCCAAGGGAAGGGCAAGCCUGGAGAGCUUGCAGGUUCGAGGCAAGUGUUCGCUGAAGCUCGCAAGCGGGGACGCAUUACCAGCGACGUCUAUAUUGCCAGUGCCUUGAUUGAAUAUCAUUGCUACAAAGACCCAGCCGCUACGAGAAUUUUUGAACGUGGAGCUAGACUGUUUCCAGAUGAUGAGAAUUUUGCCCUCGAAUAUCUGAAACAUUUAUUGGAUAUUAACGAUGUGACCAAUGCUCGGGCUGUAUUUGAAAUGACCGUUAGAAGGCUGUCCACCAAACCAGAAAACAUUCAUAAGACCAAGCCAAUCUUCACCUUUCUUCAUGAAUACGAAUCUCGAUAUGGUGACUUAGUUCAAGUCACUAACCUUGAAAGUCGAAUGCGUGAGCUCUUUCCCGAUGAUCCUACACUUUCUCAGUUUGCACAUCGUCAUGCAACUCCCAACUUUGAUCCUACGGCUGCUCAAAUCAUCAUUUCAACCUCUCAAACCCGUCCUAGAAGCAUCACUUCAGUAGAGCAGCCGGGCUCCAUGCAAGGAACUCCCUCGCGUUACUUAGAUGUGCCUUCCACUGAUUCGCCAAAACGUGCCUAUCCUACCGACGAUUACGAUGAUGAUGGCAGCCGGCCGCGAAAAUUUCUACGUGCCGAGUCUCCUCUGAAAGGAGCCCCGGCUCGUCGACCUGACCAACUGAAACGUCCACCACAAAGCAACGGUAGUGCCCUUGGUGGAGCACAAUAUUGGCCUCAGCCAUCGGCAGCUCCGUUACCGCGCGACGUUGUCCAACUUCUCAGCAUCAUUCCUCCUGCAUCAGCAUAUACCGCGGUGCGAUUCUCAGCAGAGAAGCUGGUUGACGUGAUACGUAGAAUUGAUAUUCCAACAUCAACAUCCCAACUCCGACCACUCGCACAGCCAACGCAUGCUGCUAUGAGUUCGCAGGCAUAUGGCAGUGGCUUCUAAUGACUUGAAUCUUCACUCAAAACGACUUGUACAUUAUUUGCACGGUAUGAGCUAAUAUUGUUCCGCUUCCUUAUCCAAAAACACGGUCUUCAUUAAGCUCGAUCCUUAAUUUGAUGCGUUGAAUGCAUGGCCUGCCAUGGGUUUGCAAGUAGGCACGGCGCUUAGAUCUAUUUCUGGAAAUUUCAAUUUUUAUCAUGUACAGGGAAAAGGCCAGUGAGCUCAAAUGAGAAUGCUUUUUGUGCAUCAAUCCUAAUAUUUGAUAAUACGUUUAAAAGAUUCUAAGUGUACACAACCGUAGAUUAAGAACACGGCAAAAAAUAUCAUAAGUAGCAGUUCAACUUUCUCAUAGAUACGAUGCAUAUAAUGUCCAUAACCGAAAACAGUCUCUCUGUGUUGAUGAAUAUUAUCG